AUGGCAGAAAUCCAAAGACGAGUGGAGACGGGCGACAUGCUGCAUUAUAUGGAUGACAUCCUAAUUGGCAGCAAUUCUUUCGACGAAAUGUAUACAAAGCUUUAUCGUAUACUCCAAGUACUACGCACCUGUGGAUUCACAUUGAACCCGACAAAUGUCACUGAAGUACGCAAAUUCUUAGGUCUCAGUGGCUACUUCCGAAAAUUCGUCGCUGGUUAUUCCAUUGUUUCUGAGCCGUUACGCAAAUUGCUACGCAACGACACCGCAUUCGCAUGGGGACAACAGCAAGAGUCAGCAUUCAACGAACUCAAAACCGUAUUAUCAUCGAAACCAACCAUGCAAGUCGAAAAUGGACAACUGCGUCCGAUCUCAUACUUUAGUCGCUCUACUACAGACAACGAAAAACGUCUCCAUAGCUAUGAACUCGAAGCAUUAGCGAUUGUGGAAUCAUUGGAAAGAUUCAAAUACUACGUAUACGGAAAGAAGAUCAAAGUUAUCACUGAUCGCAAAGCUUUACGAAGAACAAUGGAGAAACGAGAGCUCAUACCACGCAUUUCCCGAUGGUGGUUGAGAAUCCAAGAACUCGACAUUGAAAUUCAACAUCGACCAGGAGCUCGUAUGGCCCAUGUCGAUGCGUUGAGCCGUGCACCUUACGAAGAGGCACACGAAAGCUACAUCAACUCAUGUGUGGGUUGUGCUUUAAAUAAAACCCCUGGCGGCCGACAUGAGGGUCGAUAUCACUACGACAACGCUAAACCAAUACCGUUUACGACAAUACACAUUAAUCGUUUGGGUCCGUUCCCAAAAAGUUCAAAACGCAACGAGCAUGUGUUGGCAAUUGUAGAUUCAUUCGCCAAAUUCACAAUCCUACGAGCUGCCAAGAGUACUGCAAUAAACCAUGUAAUCCCGGUAUUGUUAGAGAUCACGAGCUAUCUGGGAAUGCCUGAACGUAUCAUAUCCGACCGAGGAACGGCCUUCACUUCAAAAGCGUUCCAAAAGUUUUGGAAUGAAAACAACGUCAAACAUAUUCUCAACGCAGUGCAGACGCCACGCGCUAACCGCGUCAUCUUAUCCAUAUAUAUACAAUGGAGCAUUAAUACCAUCCCGAAUAAAACCACAGGUUGUACACCAUUCCGACUACUUUAUGGGUACGUGUCACGAGACAUCCUGCAGAAUCAACUUAUCCAGGCACUUCAAGAAGAUGAUGGGGACCUGAUAAACGACACCGACCUGCAACUAUUACGAGUCGACACCGCUCAACCAAUAAACGACACGUACAACGAAGGUGAUCUCGUAUUGACUACAAACGAACCAAUAAGCUCUGGUACAUCACGUAAAUUAGAACCACGAUUCAGGGGACUGUUUAUCAUCACCAAAGUCCUGCCAAAUGAUCGUUAUGUAAUUGAAGACUUACCUCAUGCCGAACGAACACAACGUCAAUACAAAGCCGUAUUUGCAUCAGAUCAACUUAAAACUUGGUGCAUGUUACCACCAGAUGAUCCAGACGACAUAGACGACAAAGAUGAGAGCACCAUGGGCGAGGGCGCCACAUUGGGUCAGGAAAGCCGACUGUAA